UUUUAGUUUUACGUCAUAUUUGUGCGACACUAGCAUGAACACAUGCACCAUGCGUGUAAAAUAUAGGGGUAUGUGAAGUGAUACUCAUGCUUUUAAUAAUAACUAUAAUCGUUCACGGGAAGUUACAAACAUUGUAGGCUGUCAUGGCUGGGAACACGCUGCUGUUUAAAUCAAAUUACGCAGUCUCCAGCAAAAUAGAACCGUUCUAUAAAGGAGGGAAAGUACAGAUAAGUCACGAUGAGCAGUACAUAUUUUGCACAUGUGGUCCAAAAGUCAACAUUUUACAGAUCGAUACAGGAAAAAUCAUCCACAGCAUUGAGCAGGAUGAUCAAGAGGACAUCACCUCAUUCUCUCUCAGUCCUGAUGAUGAGGUGCUGGUGACCGCCAGCAGGGCUCUGCUCCUGAAGCAGUGGGACUGGAAGCAGGAGAAGUGCGCUCGGUCGUGGAGGGCCAUCCACAACGUGCCUGUGGCCAGCAUGACCUUUGACUGCACCUCCACCCUGCUGGCUACAGGUGGUUGUGAUGGCACCAUCAAGCUGUGGGAUGUUGUGAAGCAGUACUGCACACACAAUCUGAAAGGAUCAUCUGGGGUUGUACAUUUGGUUGAGUUUCAUCCAGACAUCAGCCGGCUGCAGCUCUUCUCUUCCUCCGUGGACUGCGGGAUCCGUAUCUGGGACCUGCGGACCAGCAAGUGCAUCUGUGUUUUGGAGAGCCACUACAGUGCGGUCACAGCGCUGGCCUUCUCUCCUGAUGGUCAAACUCUAAUCAGUUCCGGCCGAGACAAAAUCUGUUCAGUUUGGGACCUGAAGAAGAAGGCUGUGAAGAGGACUGUACCUGUCUAUGAGGCUGUGGAAGGUGUUGUUCUUCUCCCAGGGACGAGCGAUUACUCUCAGAUGGGUGUGAAGGGUGAAGGUUUACACUUUGUCACAGCUGGCAGUAAAGGUGUUCUUCGAGUGUGGGACUCCAGCUCAGCGCGCUGUGUGUUCACUCAGGUGCUGCCUGAUGCCCCAGCUCUCAAAAUAGAGGAGGGCGAUUUAGACCCGCGCAGUCUGAUGCACCUUCUGCCCAUGCCACGGUCCAACAGACUGGCCACUGUCACCGCAGAGCACAACAUCCUCAUCUAUCAGAUGCCCGCUCUCACUGUACAGCAGCAGUUUGUCGGCUACAAUGAUGAUGUCCUGGAUGUGAAGUUCCUGGGGAAGGAUGACACACACAUAGUCGUGGCCACUAACAGCUCUCAGCUGAAGGUGUUUGAGUUGGCCACUAACAGCUGUCAGAUUCUGUAUGGACACACAGAUACCAUAUUAUCUAUUGAUGUCUUCCGCAAAGGCUCCAUGUUUGCAAGCUGUGCAAAGGACAACUCCUUGAGGCUGUGGAAAAUGGAUCUGAAGAGCGGCCACGUGCGCUGCGUGGCUCAGGGCAGCGGACACUCCAAUGCCGUGGGCUCUGUCGCCUGCUCCAGGUUAAAGAAAGCCUUCCUGGUGUCGGGCAGUCAGGACUGCACUAUUAAGGUGUGGGAUCUGCCUGACCCUCUGCCUGAUGUGGGAUGUGAACCGGUAUUGAUGACGGCACGACUCACAGAGAAAGCUCACGACAAGGAUGUGAACAGCGUGACCAUCUCUCCCAAUGACAAGCUGCUGGCCUCUGGCUCUCAGGAUCGCACGGCGAAGCUCUGGUCGCUGGCUGAUAUGAGUCUGCUAGGCGUCUUCAGAGGUCAUAGUCGAGGUGUAUGGUGUGUUCAGUUCUCUCCUGUGGACCAGGUCCUGGCCACAGCCUCAGCGGACGGCUCCAUCAAAAUCUGGAGCAUUCAAGACUUCAGCUGCCUCAAGACGUUCGAGGGACAUGAUGCCUCUGUGCUGAAGAUCAUCUUUGUCAGUCGAGGAACUCAACUGGUGUCUAGUGGUUCUGAUGGACUUGUUAAGUUGUGGACCAUAAAAACAAACGAGUGUGUGAAAACAUUCGAUGCUCACCAGGACAAAGUGUGGGCUCUGCACGGCGGCAGCAAAGACGACCUGAUGGUGACGGGAUCAGCCGAUUCCACCAUCACUCUGUGGAAGGACGUGACUGAAGUGGAGCUGGCAGAGGAGCAGGCCAAACAAGAAGACCAAGUCCUUAAGCAGCAGGAACUGUCAAAUUUACUUCAUGAGAAGAAGUAUCUGAAAGCUCUGGGAAUCGCUAUCUCUCUGGAUCAGCCGCACACUGCAUUACGAGUCAUCAGAGAAAUUCGCCAGCAGGAAGAUGGGAUACAGGAGCUAGAAAAGACCCUCCUGAAACUCCGUCAGGAUCAGAAAGCGUCGGUGCUGCGAUACUCUGUGGUGUGGAACACUAAUUCACGCAGCUGUCUGGACGCCCAGGCCGUCCUGCAGGUGCUGCUCACACACCUGAGCCCAGAGGAGAUCCUGCAGUAUCAGGGCACUCGUACUCAUCUCGAGGGCCUCAUACCAUACACAGAGAGACAUAUGCAGCGGAUCAGCCGUCUUCUACAGGCCUCAAUGUUUCUCGAUUAUAUGUGGCAGAAGAUGCGUAUUACAGGUGGUAUUGACAGUGUGAACUUGGAUGAUGAUGAGAUGGACACCAGCCCUCAGUCUAUCUUCAUCAUAGACAAGCAGCCAGUGGAGAUGACAGACAAUCCAGUAUCUCGGCAUCAACAAGAAGAUGAAGAGGAAGAUCUGGAGGAUUCAGAAAAAACAGAGGAGCUCCUUGAUGAAGAUGAAAGUGUGAGCACAUCUAAAAGCGCUCGUGUGAACGGCAUGAAACCGAACGGUGUGAACCGUGUCGUAGAUGGAGGUCAGGUGUCCAGUGAGGAGAGUGAAGAUGAGGAUGAUGUCAUGGAAAUUACUGCCAAGUCUGCGGAUUCUGACCCCUCCAAAAACAGCAAAUAUAAGGUGAUUGGCUGCUGUAGCUGUCAAUCACGAGUCUUUUAUUUAGUAGUUUGUUGAAAGCGUCUCUUUGACAUAAACAGGGGUUUCCUGUUUGUAUCUCCACACCAAUUGCAGAAUAAUCUUAAGUGUUUUGUUAUGUAGUUGUUUUGUCCUUCUUCAAAUUAGAUAAUGUUCAUAUCUAGUGGAGAAGAAGAAUGCAUUUUAUCCUCUUUCAUGUGUUUGAAAUUAUGUUCAGCUUGGAGGUAGAUUCCUGGUUAAAUACAUUUGAAAAAGCAAAAGAACUGUAUUUAUAGUAAUUUUGCAAUUAUUUGAAAGUCAAUGGGCAACAUUUAUAAAUAGGAAUAAAUGUUCAAAUUAAACCACUUAAA